GACUAUAUCUUGCGGUGGACCACGCCAUGAUCUUCAGUAUGGACCGGGUUGCGGUUUAGGUUUGGUACUCCGAAUAUACCAUCAACUAUGAGCAUAUCAAUUUAAUACCAGAAAUUUAACCAGAAAGUUAACAGAAAUUAUCAGUUUGAAAAAAGUGCUUACUGUGUGUACGUUCGGCGAUAUAAUUUUUGUAAUUUUUAUAAUAAUUUUUGUUUGGAUAAUCAUCUUUUUGGAUAUUUUUUAACUUUCCAGUUUAGAAAUACCAAACGGAAGAGCUUCAAAAUGGUUGCACCUGCGUUUCUGGAGAAGCUGUCCUUCUUGUAUCAGCCGUACGUAUUGUUUGUGGUAUCAAUUGGCUACGUUUUGGGUGAAUUAGGACAUUAUUUGAUUGGCGUGACUUCAAAGAGGAUUGCCAUCGAUUUGCAUUACGGAGAUAUCACUUGCCAAUUGAACACUACAGAGUACCACCUAAAUCAACUACCCGUCCAAUGUGGAAGUGCCAAUAAUUCUGACACAUGUUUGUCGUACAACAUCAAUGGGACGGGAUACUGCGAGUGGAACUACAACGGGCUCGGAUUGGAUUACCAGAUCUUAGCCGGCCCAAGUUUCAUUGCAGUUUUCACGGUUGUCGGUGUCAUCAUGGGAUUCCUCGCCGACAAGUACAACAGGGUGAAGAUGUUGACGAUCUGCACCGUAGUUUUUUCCAUCGCGAUGAUCGUCACCGGAUCGGUACAGGAGUACUGGCAUUUGGUUAUAUUGAGGAUGAUCAUGGCUGCUGGCGAAUCCGGCUGCAAUCCUUUGGCGACCGGUAUCCUUUCGGACAUCUUCCCUGAAGAGAAGCGUGCUUUGGUUAUGUCCAUUUUCAAUUGGGGAAUCUACGGCGGCUACGGAAUCGCCUUUCCUGUGGGAAGAUACAUUCCGACUUUGAACAUCUGGGAUAUGGGAUGGAGAAUCACUUAUUAUGGAGCCGGGGUUAUCGCUUUGGUUAUCGCGAUUUUGACGGGAUUAACAUUGAAAGAACCGGCGAGGCAAUCCAUCGGUGAGGAGACCACAGGUAACGGCAAGAAGGCUUCUAUUUGGUCCGUGAUCUUGGAGCCUAGGAUCAUCAUGUUAUGUUUGGCUGCUUCCAUAAGACAUUGCGGUGGUAUGUGCUUUGCGUACAACUGCGAUCUGUAUUACCAGCAGUACUUCCCGGAUUACGAUCUUGGAUGGUGGUUGUUCGCCGUGACCAUCGGUAUCGGAAGUAUCGGUGUCGUGGCUGGUGGUAUCGUGUCUGAUAAGUUUGUAGCAAAGAUGGGAGUCAGAUCCAGGGUGAUCGUGUUAGCCGUGAGUCAACUGAUCUCCACUCCCGGUGCUUUCGGCAGCGUCUACUUUUCUCCCGUGUGGGCCAUGAUAACCUUGGGAAUUUCCUACUUCUUCGCUGAAAUGUGGUUCGGAAUUCUCUUCGCCAUCUUAGUAGAAAUCGUGCCUCUGCAAGUUAGAUCGACAACAGUAGGUAUCUUCCUCUUCGUCAUGAACAACAUCGGAGGAAAUCUUCCCAUCCUCGUUGAACCCGUGUCCAAGGCUAUCGGUUACAGGGAGAGCAUCUACAUCUUUUACGCAGGUUUCUACGGAAUCAGUUCCAUCAUGUUCCUGCUGACGGUCUUCUUGAUGGACGGACCCAAGCAGGCGGACAAUCCGAAAGACUUCGGUCACGACAAUAACAUCUGCACUACUGUCGAUGAAACCGCUCUUCCGACCAUAACCAACGGCGUGCACAUACCGAGGAUAGGCACAGAGAAUAGCAAACUUUGAUUAUCCACAUUUAUAUGUUCUAAUUUAUUUAUUAUUUUUUUCGCAUUAUUUUGAGAAACGAUUCAGUAAAGUGAAAA